CAGAGAAGAAAGAAUGGCUGUCAGACACCUGCCAACAGUAGUCCAGGACAGGAAUGUGUGGCAGAAAUCACUGGAAGAGGGAUCAGUGACCUUCAAGGAUGUGGCUGUGCUCUUCACCCAGGAAGAAUGGGGGCAGCUGAGCCCUGCCCAGAGGGCCCUGUACAGGGAUGUGAUGCUGGAGAACUACAGCAACCUGGUCUCCCUAGGACUCUUAGGACCCAAACCAGAUACAUUUUCCCAGCUGGGACAGGGGGAAAAAUGGAUGCCAGAGGAUGCCUCAGGAGGCUUCUGUCUUGACUGGAUGACUACGCCUAUGAGUAAAGAAUCUACUCUUGAGGCAGAUAUUCCUGAAGAAGAGUUGGAUCAGUGGACUAUAAAGGAAAGAUUCAUUGGAGAUAGUCACUGGAAAUGUGCUAGCCUGUUGGAAUGGCAUUGUGGAGGCCAGGAGAUCAAUUUACAGCAAGUGGUACUUGCUCACCAGGAUACCUCAUCUGGGGUUACUGAACAGGAAUACGAUGAAUCUGGGAAGGGCUGCACCAUGCGCUCAUCUUCUGUUCUAGGUCAGGGAUUCCAACCUAGCAAAAAAGCCUUUGAGUGUAGUGAGUGUGGAAAAGUCUUCUCUAAGAGUUCAACCCUUAAAAAACAUCAGAAAAUUCAUAGUGAAAAAAAUGCAAAUCAGAAAACUCAUAUUAAGGAGAAACGAUAUGAAUGUAGAGAAUGUGGGAAAGCCUUUCACCAGAGUACACAUCUUAUCCAUCACCAACGAAUUCAUACUGGUGAGAAACCUUAUGAAUGUAAAGAAUGUGGUAAGGCCUUCUCGGUGAGCUCCUCACUUACUUAUCAUCAGAAAAUUCAUACUGGAGAGAAGCCUUUUGAAUGCAAUUUAUGUGGAAAAGCUUUUAUCCGAAACAUACACCUUGCCCACCAUCAUAGAAUACAUACUGGAGAGAAACCUUUUAAAUGUAACAUUUGUGAAAAAGCCUUUGUGUGUAGGGCACAUCUUACCAAACACCAGAAUAUUCAUAGUGGAGAGAAACCCUAUAAAUGUAAUGAAUGUGGAAAAGCCUUCAAUCAGAGUACAAGUUUUCUUCAGCAUCAGAGAAUUCACACUGGAGAGAAACCCUUUGAAUGUAAUGAAUGUGGAAAAGCCUUCAGGGUGAACUCUUCCCUUACUGAACAUCAGAGAAUUCAUACUGGAGAGAAACCUUAUAAAUGUAUUGAAUGUGGGAAAGCUUUCAGGGAUAAUUCAUCCUUUGCACGACAUCGGAAAAUUCACACUGGAGAAAAACCUUACAGAUGUGGUUUGUGUGAGAAAGCCUUCAGGGACCAAUCAGCCCUAGCCCAACAUCAGAGAAUUCAUACUGGGGAAAAACCUUAUAUGUGUAAUAUAUGCGAAAAAGCCUUCAGUGACCAUUCAGCCCUUACUCAACAUAAGAGAAUUCACACUAGAGAAAAACCUUACAAAUGUAAAAUCUGUGGGAAAGCCUUUAUCCGAAGCACACACCUUACACAACAUCAGAGAAUUCACACAGGAGAGAAACCCUAUAAGUGUAAUAAAUGUGGGAAAGCUUUCAACCAGACUGCAAACCUCAUUCAGCAUCAGAGGCAUCAUAUUGGAGAAAAGUGAUAUGAAUACAGUUUGUAUGGAAGAGCUUUGAGACUGAAUAGAUUAUUGAAAAUAAGAGAGUCCAUUCUAGAGAAUAACUGAAAGCUUAUAUGAAGACAGUCAUUUUAUUUACUGAGAGUCAAGCUUCACAAUAUUGUGGGUUUUGAGAAUUUAAGAAUGGCAAACUCUCCUCAUUGUUUAGUACUGCCUCAAUUGAAUAGCAGUACUGUUUAGUCUGAAUUACCAAGUAUCAGAACAAAAAUGGAGCUUUAUUAGCAACAUAAAAAUUGGUUUAUUGAAUUUACAAUUUGAUUAUUAAAAGAAUUUAUAACAUUGUAAAAAUUAAGGUUAAGAAGCAAAGGAACAAAAAAGUAAGAAAAUGGUCUACAAGCAUUUUACUCUACUAGAUUCUCCUAUGUAAGAGUUGCCACCUAUAAUGGAAUCCUUAAUUCUCUCCUCACCCACACUCCUGACACCCAGGAUAAAGACAGUGCACUCACCCACGUACCAGCCCAGGAAUUUUUUAAAUGAUGCUUCCCACCUGCUUCAAACCAUCUUUUGUCAGAUCUCCCUGGCCUAUCUGUCCACUGGCUUCUUAUCUGUAUUCUCCUUCUGGGACAAUUCAUUUGAAUGGUGUGACCCUCUUCUGAUUUAGCAACUCCUGUUAACAUUGUGUCACUUGUUACCACACCAUUGGGGAGUGUGGUGAUCUGAUAUCAUGCACAGUCCAUGAUUCUGGAUAUUGCACCCCAAUCCAGCUUUCAGGAUGGGAUAUCUGUCUGGGAGGCAAAGUUUGAUCAAAAUUCUUUAGUUACCCAAUUCUUCUGGGUGUCAGGUUGACUCUGACUCUAGGAUGAUAUCUAAAGUAGGGGCUUCAUAUGUGUAGCCGUUACCCUCCAGUUGUUCUGCACUGUAGUUAUUUCUUCUACACACAGCAGUCAGGGACAUGCCCAGCUUCAGGAGUGAUGGUCCAGGCCACCUCCACUUCUGUGACUUGCCAUUUCCCCGUGUCCAAUUGACAUGAGAGAUGAGAGCCCCAAGGCCAGUUCUCAAAAUGCUUAACUCACUCUCUUUUCCUUGGCUGGACAGUCCUCUGUGUCCACUAAAUUAGAGUAUAUUUGCUUUUCCCAGAAUAUUGAACUGCUACAUCCUGAUCCUUGUCCUGCUUUUGUCUGGGUUUCUGAAGGUAUUAAUUCUAUACCUAGGAGAGCAGAGAGCUUUGAAUUUCAGCUUUUGCAUUUGAAAGUUAUCAUUUCCUCUCCUUUGUCUGGGCGUCCCAAUGCUUAAAGACUCCCAUUCUGACAGUGAUAAGCAACAUGUUGAGUAAUUCCAUGGGUCAAGAAGUGGUCAAUAGCACCAUUGAUAUUCUCCAGUAGGUAUGUGUCCCUGCUCAAAAGUUUGAGUGAUACAUUAGUCCCACAGGUACAGUUCCUUCACCAUUUUUAAGUUGAAGUCACAGAAAAUAACAUAAGUGUGCCUUCACACACACAGCCUCUGGGGGCAGUCUCGCCUUCCUCACCACAAGGAAUGGAGGAGCCUGCUCUACUGCAAGCUGGGACAUACCAUGCAAUGAAGAUGGAAGAGCAAGUAAAUUACCAUUCUGGGAAGCAAAGUGGCAGGUUCUUGGAAGUACUACCCAUGAAUUUGGACAACCUGGUCCUGCCAAAUGUUGCACCUCAGCUCCAAGUUACGGAAGAGGAUAUUCUAUGUCAUGUGGGACUCUAGGUUGAUGCAUAGACUUAGAAGCUUGCAGCAGCUUCAAAGCCUCAGUUCUAUAAAUUCAGCUCCCAUCUAAUAAAUGCCACCUGUGUAGGAAGGCAUCUCCUGUUAGGUGUUGAGCAACUCAUUCUUUCUUAUUAAGCAGCAUGUGAAACAGCAUUUCAAAAGGUAAUGUGGGACUGCCCAUGCCCUGUGCCCACACAUUCAUCUGCAGCCUUAUAUGGCUGGUGAUGACUCCAGAUUCCACAGUAAACCUGGAAAACCGUGCUCACCUGCCCUUAGUACUAUCCAUAUGCCCUGCCAGGUUACAACUAGCAUGAUCUCCCCCACCCUUACCUUGAAUCCCUGAGAAACAUGUUUCUUAACUGGGUUUGUUGUUCAUUUUCUUCGUUUUUAAUGAAAGUAUGAGAGCUACUGCCACUUGGUAUGUGCCUGCAGUUGAGCCAGGCCAAGGCCUGCUUCCAGUUUUAAGAGCCUCAUUCAUCUCAGGGCCAGCCCCAGGAGCUGUUCCUCCAGCAGAGUGCUGCAGUCUGAAGGCCCUCCAUCUGAGAUUACAGUCCACUUUCCCUGAACACAGCUUCUGUCAGGCUUGGGUCUUCAUGAAAUUAGGCCUCUGAAAUGCUUACUCAUUUAUCCCUGUCUGGGAAGGCAAAAAGUAAUUAAAUGGCCUGUUAGAUAGGCCUAGGCCAAUAUACUUGAAUAUAUUUAUGGUAAUAGUGCUUAGCCAGGCAUGGCUUUAUUAUAUUCUUAUAUGAUUAACAGCUUAUCGUAUGCCCUUCUCAACUAAGGGAAUCAGCAUUGCCUGGGUGCUAUUCUGUACCUUUCUAACCUGGAGCAGUAUGGCUUUCUACCUGGGCGAUCUAAUCUGCCUCAGCAUCACCUUUGGCUCAGACUCUAAUUGUGCAUUUUCGACAGUCCAGAGAUAAAAGAGUUCCUCAGCCAUGAUACGGUCUUUUCUGAUUGCUGACCUUGUGGUGGUAGACAAGAUUCAACAGUUAUUGCGAGGGUCUUUUCUCCACCCCACCCUCAGCCAGGUUAAUCCCAAGACAUCCAGUGAUUCCUAGGAAGAACAUCUCAUUCCAUACCUUGCUCUUUCUAGUCUUAUUGAUUAGCCACUUAGAGACUCCAACUGUGGCAGAAGGUGAAGGAUUGCUAUUUAGGACCCUUCAGGGUUAGAGUUCAUGAGCUGAUAAUGUGUCAUCUUCAGCAGCCCCCUCAUCACAUAUCCAGCUCAUCCACCACUCCCUGCUCCACGUAGUGCACAAAGACUGUUCCCCAUGCACUCAUGACCCUACCAUCUCAAGAUGGCAAAUCUUGUGCCUGUGGCAGAGGAAGUCCUGAACUGACACGCUGCCAGUCUCUGCCCCUUCUCUCUGCCAGAGAAGCAUACCCAGGACUCACCUCCCAUUUUGGAGCUCUCCUCCCAUAUUUCAGAAUUGCCCAGUGGAGAAACUCAUUGGAAGUGCCAAUUCCACGCUGCCCAGGAGAAGGGUUUGGGUAGGGGACUACCAUCUAGAUUGAGAUACUCUUCAUGUCUGUGGGCUCCUGUGAACAGCCACUGAAACUGCCUGGCCUUUAGGGGGAAAAAAAUUGCUCCAAAUUUCUCCUUUCAAAUUCCUCUAAAUUUACCUCUCUUCUCAGGUGUUCCUCAUCUCCAGCUGACUGGUUUUGCACCUGGGUUCUUUCUCCCAGCCCAAGCAGCUUGCCUAGCUCCAACAGUGGCAUCUCGCUACGGUGUUGCCUUCCUCUGUUUGCGUUCAGUGACUGCUUGUAAAAUGGCACCUUGAUCCUGUAGCAGACUCAGGCUUCCAGCUUACCGUGCCUGAGCCUCAGAGUCUUAGAAUAAAAUAGCCCUAAACUCAAUGCCUUUGAUAGAGAAAACAAUUUAACUCGCUUAAACACCAACCUAAGAUCACCAUAGCCUCUAAUUCCUCCCCUUUCCUUCCUUGUUCCCUUUCACUUUGCCCCGCCUUCCACAUACUGCCAGAUGGUCAGCAAGAUGACGUGGAGACAUAAAGCUGCCACCCUACUCUGCCCCACAGUUGGAGGGCUCCCUGCUGCUUGGCCCAUCUCAACUCCUGCUAAAUAUACUUUUGAUAAUAUUUUUACUUUUAUUAUUUUUAUACCAGUUUGUGAAGGGGAAAAAAAUACAAGGCUUGAUUGUUUCUCAUCCCUCCAGGACGUCUCAGUUAUGCUAAUAAUGAUUAUUUUCUGCAAGUGCCCGGAUUUGGUAGUACUGACAUAUUCCCUCCAUGUUCUCUGUGGCACCCUGUAUAUCAUACAUCACUAUCCUUUAAAAACAAAAACAAAAAACUGUUGGGAUAAGAAUUAUUCAUCAGUGUAUCUUUCCGAAAAUAAAAUGAGAAAAGUA